CGGUUCGUACUCAGUCGGUAGUGUGAUUUGCAACUAAACAGUCGGUAACCUUACCGUGAAGCGUUUGUAACCAAAAGGAAGAUUUCUGUCUUAUACAGGAUUACCCGCAGUAAGAAUCAAAUUUGCCAUAAUGGGAUGUAUUUACAUCCUAUUAAUCGGUCUGUUACUACAUGUAACUAUUCCAGUACAUGCGUGGAAGCAGUACCGUGUUCGCCGUAGCAUAGAUUUAUCAGCUAGCAAUCCAUUAAUACCCGAUACGAAAUUACCAUCUGAUUUGGUUCCAAUAAACUACACACUUCGAAUAGAGCUCAAUGUUGAGCAGUUAUCAUUCCUCGGCGAUGUCAAUAUUUCGAUGACAUGCACUAAAAGAACAAACCAAAUUAACCUUCACGCUCACAACGAUUUGCAAGUCGAUGAAGUAAAUUUAGAUGUGGUACAGUAUACAGAUAACGGUGAAACUACAGCCAUUAAAAUUCGUCGUGUUGAUAGAGUACCUAAAAAGCCUCUACUUGUUAUAUAUUUGCAUGACGAUCUUGCUGCUGGCGGUGUAUAUGAAGCACGGAUACAGUUUAAAGGAAUGAUUUGGGAAAACACCGAAGGAUUAUUUCAAGGCAAAUAUAACCAGUUAAAUGGAGAUAAUAUUCAAGAUCAUUCUUAUUUCGCUACAUAUUUUCGACCACAUAAUGCAAGACGAGUUUUCCCGUGCUUUGACGAACCAGCUUAUAAAGUGCCAUUCACAGUAACGAUCGUUCGACCAAAAGGCUUCCAUACCCUUUUCAACACGGAAGUUGAAAGUACGGAAAUCGUAGCUGGCAAUAAAGAGGCAGACAGGUUUAAAAUAACUCCCCCAAUUUCAACUUUUACGUUAGGAUUUGUGGUAUCCGAUUUAGUCGUCAUCAAAUACGACGAUGAACAAACAAAUAUCCAUCCCGUUAUAAGAAUAUGGGCUAGGAAGGAGUUUCACGAAAGUUUGAAGGAUGCAAGCACAAAAAUCAAAUCCAUCAUGGAUUAUCUUACAAAUUUCUGGAAUGCUAGUUAUCCAUUGUCCAAAUUGGACGUGGUAGCAUUACCGAAUUUUGCAUCAGUCAAACCUGCGGAUAAUUGGGGACUAAUUGUGUUCAAGGAAAAUGAACUACAGCAAGGUUAUUACGGCAUCACGCAAGAAUUAGUAUACCAAUGGCUGGGAUCAUGGAUUACUCCAUUCUGGUGGAGCGAUGCCCAUGUCAAUAAGGCUUUCGCCGGUUUUUUGUCUGCCUCAACUGCUAUCGAAAUUGACAAGGGAUUAGAAUUUGAAGGCAAAUGGCCCAUGACUAUACUGUACUCAAUUUACUAUGAAUUUAGUAAACGUUAUCCUCAUUCACGCAUUACAGCCAUGAAGCAGGAAACUACUUGUAGUAAAACUGAACUUGUGCUCCGUAUGCUUAACUACACGCUUGGUGAGGAAACAUUCCGCAAAGGUCUACAGAAAUUUAUUAGGCAUCGCGAGUAUAAAACAUUUGUUAGUAACGAUAUAUGGGAGGCACUCACCAAACAAGCUCAUUUGGAUAACAAGCUAUGCGAAUCGGCGACUGUUAAUGAAAUUGCUGAAUCAUGGGUUACCAAAGAUCGCAUACCAAUGGUGAGCGUUUUAAGAGCAUAUGACAAGCGAUCAGCAAGUGUUACCCAAAGAUUAUAUUUGCGCGAACGUCCGCAUGAUGUUCCAGAACAAGAUAAGAUGUUAUGGUGGAUUCCUCUUGUAGUAGUUAGACAAGAUAACUUAAAUUUUACAAAUUCAAGUGCUACAAAAUGGAUGAAAAAUAUAAGAGAAGUUACAUUGGAGAAUCUUCCAGACUCGAACAACUUCAUUAUAGUCAACCCGGAAGAAAUUGGUCCAUUCCCUGUUAAUUAUGACGCACAUAACUGGAAUUUACUUGCAAACUAUCUACUAACAGCUGAAGGUCGUGCAAAAAUACCGGUUUAUACCAGAGCCAAAUUGCUUCAUGACGCUUGGAAUUUAGCGUAUGCAGGAGACCUCAGUUUUGCAACAGCCUUCAAUAUGACUUUGUUCAUGCAGUACGAACGAAAUCACCUGGUUUGGAAUCCUGUCUUUACCUUAAUUGAUCAUAUUGGCAGACAUAUUGAUAUGUCAGCAGUACACAAAAAGUUUGAAAUUUAUGUACGAACUUUACUUACACCAUUGUAUGAAGAACUAGUUCAAGAUCAGCUGGAAGGAGAGGCAAAAUGGAAAACCAAUCUUAGGUCAUUGGCUAAAACCUUUCUCUGUAGAGCUGGAUACAAACCCUGCAUUGAAGAAGCCCAAGCAGUAUUCAAAAACUGGAUGGAUAGUCCUGAACCAGACCUUGGAAAUCCAGUAGCCAACCAGUACAUCUGUCCUGUGUUCAAAUGGGGCACUCAGGAAGAAUGGGAAUUUGGAUUACAACGAGUCAUCAACUUCCCCGAGUCUAGAAUGCAAAGCGAGAGAACAUAUCUGUUAAAAACAUUGGCCGGAUGUCCCAUUCAGGCGUCGAAAAUAAAUCGGUUACUAAACAUUACUGUGUUGGACAACAAUGGAAAUUUCACCGAUAACGACAUUAGCUUGAUAUUCAAAAUGCUCUCUGGUGGAUCCAACGGAUAUAUGGCACUAUUUAAAUUCCUGCAGCAAAAUUGGGAUUCCAUAAAAUUACGGUUCAAGGAUCAAGAAGGGUUAUGGGAUAAUUUAAUAAACUCGGCGACAGGUCUUUUCACCACUCAAGAAGGUUAUGAUAUGGUCUCUCAAUUAUACGUACAACGACAGGGAGAGUUUGGAACAGCUGAAUAUAUAAUUGAAAAAUCUUUGAAGAACAUAAAGGAGGAAACAAAAUGGAGUGAUGAAAACCUACCUGUGAUCGAAGGGUGGUUAGAUAAUUUUUUGAAGCAGCAUAAACUAAGCUACGAAAAGUUUAUCGGAUAAGAACGAAGCUUUAAGAGCAGAAUCGUACUUCAAGGGAUGGUAUAAGUCCUAUUGAAGUUGAAAACAAGUACAUUUUUUAACAAGAUGCUAUAGGCUUGUAUACAUAACUGGCGAGAAUUACAAAUUAUCCAGCUUCUGUAAAGUCUGUGUGCUUACAAUAAAUAAAAUGUUAACUACUA